AUGGCUAAUCAUUUUAAAAAACGCGAUGAUGAUGGAUUUAAUAUUAUAACAAUUUAUGAUAAAACUCAUCAAAGGGGUUAUUAUCAUCGAACAAGCUCUAAUCAGCAUUCUAAACAUAUUAUACCAUCAGAUGAAAAUGGAACACAUGGGAUAUACUAUGAUAUUAAAAAAUACUUAAACUUGCGAUCAAAAAAAGCCAAAGAAAAUCUUUUUCUUCACAUAAAUAAAGAUCUAAAAGAUAUUGAAAAUGGAAAUUGGUAUUCUACUUCUCAUAUGGGUCAAGACAAAUUGUCUGAAAUGCUAAAAGAGAUUUGCAAUAUUACUGGAAUUGAUUGCACAAAUAGAAAAAUUAUUAAUCAUUCAUUACGAAAAUAUACUGCUCAAAAAUUAAAUGAUGAAGGAUUAGAUUCACAAGUUAUUAUGAAUGUAAUAUUGCAUAGAUCUUUAGCAGGAUUAAAUGU